UUCAGGCUAGAAAGCUGAUUAAACAGAUGGGAAGUUCUUUACAGAGUGUGUAAAUCUUUAGAAUACACAUCUCAUAUCUAAACUCAGCUGUACUGAUGUGGUUUAAAAAGCUGCUUCUAUUUAUUAUUAAAGAGCUGAACUGAAGCACAAGGACAGAGUGCAGGUGAAAGUGAAAGCAGCUGUGUGGAUGAUCAGUACAGAAGAUGGAAAAGGAAACUGCAGACGUGGAAACAGUUACAGGUGCAUCAAGAAUCCUCAAUGUUUCCAAGUCUGCCGUUUAUUUCCGCGACUACAAGGGUGUAACCACUGCACGUGAUGCCAAGGCCCACAGUAGCAUGUUCGAUAGACCUAAUUUCAGCAACCCUAAGGGGUCUGAUAGAAAGUCCAGACAUCAAGAGGUUGGUGAAUGGAGCCUGGAAGAGUGUCGACACUCCAUCAUGGAGCUGGCAAAGGAGCUGAACAGAGUCGUGAAGAACUCUGCCAUAGCUACCCCUGUGUCCAGUGAAGAUACGUGCAGCUUGGAAGAGUGUCGCGGCUUCAUCAUGAAAUGGGCUGACGAUUUGGACAAGCUGGUCCAGACACCAAAGCAAAGCCAGAGUGCUGGGCAGGUUGAGCAAAGAAAAGGGACAGAACAGAGAAACAAAGAGGAUCUUCCAGGACCAGAGGGGGAGGAGCUGAGUGAGGGGGUGGGGCAGAACCAGGGGGAGGAGCUGAACCAACAGGAAAAGCAAAGAUUGAAGGACGUUCAUGACAUCAUCAUGGAGUGGGCAAGAGAGCUGAAGACAGUGCCAGAGAACUCUGUCUCAGCGGGGGUGGCUGUGGAACAGGGUCUUGCAGAGCUGGUGAAGGAGUGGAAACGAGGCAAGCUGAGUAACAUCUUACCCAUCAUGGAGUUCAUCAUGUGGACCCUGAUCAAGGAGGAGGCAGACAAGGGAAUUGUCACUCGGAUGUGGUUCUCUAGGAUACUAAAAUCUCAGAAUACUGGUGCUGGGAGAUCCAUCCCUGAUUCAGUCUGGCAGUGGAUUUACAAGGCAUCAGUUGGUCUGACUCUGGACCCUGAUACAGCAAACCCCGAGCUCAUCCUGUCUGCAGAGGGGAAGCGAGUGAGAUGGGGAGGUACACGACAGGAUCUCCCUGACAAUCCAGAGAGAUUUGAUUACAGGUCCUGUAUGCUGGGCAGGGAGGGCUUCACCUCGGGGAGACGCUACUGGCAGGUGCAGGUGGGGGGGCAUACGCGGUGGAUAUUAGGAGUCAGCAGAGAGUCUGCCCCGAAGAAGGGGGUGUUCAGCAUGACCCCCCAGCAGGGUUACUGGACUGUGGAGUGGAGUAAUUAUACAGGGUUAACUGCUCUCACUGACCCCCAGACCCACCUCCCCCUGAGCCUGAAGCCCCAGAAGCUGGGGGUGUAUCUGGAUUAUGAGGAAUGGCAGCUCUCCUUUUACAAUGUGGAGACCAGAUCUCACAUCUACACUUUCACUGACAUGGAGUUCAAUCCCAAUGAGAAACUCUAUCCAUUCUUCUGGACUCUGGACAUGAAUACAGACCUUGUGCUGGAGUCCCCUUACCCUGUCAGCGCUGCAGAUUAAACACACAUUGCUGUCUGAACCAGGAAACUUUUCAAACAGCUCAGACAAUCUCCUCUUCAUGUUCACUGACACUCUCUCUGCACUCUUCUGGGCUGAUGAGAAAAAAUCCUCUCUCUUCUACCCUCUUACCCUGAGCCCCUCCUCUUUAUUUCUCUACACCCCUUUUCCUACUCUCCCUUCCUGUCUCCCUCUCUCUUUCCUCUCCACCUCUCCAUCUCCAGAUCCCUCUUUCUCUCAUCUUCUGCUCUCCUCUCUGCCUCCCCUAUGGCUCUCCUCUUUGUUUCCCUUCUCUCUGAUAUGUUAAUCCCCCCCUUUCCCUCUCUCCCUCUCUCCACCCUGCCUUCUCCACUCUCCCUCUCUCCACCCUGUCUUCUCUAUUAUUAUUAUUAUUAUUAUUAUUUAUUUCUUAGCAGACGCCCUUAUCCAGGGCGACUUACAAUCGCAAGCAAAUACAAAUACAUUCAAGUGUUACAAUAUAAGUCAUACAAUAAGAACAGGAAAUACAAUAAUUCUCAAGUGUGACAAACCACAAUUCAAUAAUACAGCAGAUAAUAGUGAUAGUUACAUCAGGAUAUGAUUAAGUACAAAAUACUACAGAUUAAACACUUGGGAGAUUACAAUAUUCUGAGGUACAGGAUUAAAUGCAGUAAAAUAGGGGGCAGAUAAGAGCAAAAUAAAGCAUAUUUAAAUGAAGGGUGAUAGUGUCCCAGGAUACAACAGAGGAGUUCUACAGGUGCUGUUUGAAGAGGUGAGUCUUAAGGAGGCGCCGGAAUGUGGUCAGGGACUGGGCAGUCCUGACAUCUGUAGGAAGGUCGUUCCACCACUGCGGAGCAAGGGUGGAGAAGGAGCGGGCUCGGGAGGCAGGGGAGCGUAGCGGAGGUAGAGCCAGUCUUCUAGUGCAGGCGGAGCGGAGAGGUCGAGUGGGGGUGUAGGGAGAGAUGAGGGUCUGGAGGUAGCUGGGUGCAGUCUGAUCAAGGCAUCUGUAGGCUAGUACAAGAGUCUUGAACUGGAUGCGAGCGGUGAUCGGGAGCCAGUGGAGCGAGCGGAGUAGUGGAGUAGCGUGGGCGAAGCGAGGUAGAGAGAACACCAGGCGAGCAGCAGAGUUCUGGAGCGGACGGGUGGCGGACGCAGGGAGGCCAGCCAGGAGGGAGUUGCAGUAGUCUAGGCGGGAGAGUACCAGGGCCUGGACCAGGAGCUGGGUAGCAUAGUUGGUGAGGAAGGGUCGGAUUCUUCGGAUGUUGCUCAGGAAGAAUCUGCAAGUGCGUGCCAGAGUGGAGAUGUGCUGGGAAUAAGAGAGGCAGGGGUCCAGGGUGACUCCAAGGUUUUUAGCUGAGGAAGAGGGAGAGAGUGUGGUAGAUUCCAGAGGAACAGAGAUAGAGAGAUCAGAGGAGGGGGAGGAGGAGGGAAAGAAAAGGAGGUCAGAUUUAGAGAGGUUGAGUUUGAG